GUUAUUGGUUAUACACAAUUUCCAAUUGACCAAUAGCUAUGCGUGUUAACUGUUGCUUCUUGCAAUUGCAAAUGAUUGCAGGUAGCUUGUUGCAACUGACAGCAUGGCUAAGUAGUGGUGGUCAGUUUGAAAAUCAUGAGUGAAGUUAUUGUUUUGAGUGAUUCAGAUGAUUCUGUUUCGACAAUUGGAAAAGAAGAGCUGUUACAACAGAAUGAUGUUUCGAGCGUUUCUCCUGAGAGUCAUUUGUGGGAUGAUAACGAAUUUCCUGAAGUUCUCUUUGAUUAUGUUUCUGAUAAAAAUGAUAAAACAAAUAAACAAAAGGAAUAUUCCUCCGAUUCAGCAUUUCAAUCUUCUGGUUCUAGCAAUUUGGCAAGCGAAAGAAGUUAUAAGUUACUUGAGAAUAGUUCUGACAUACGAUUAAGUACGUGCACUUCUGAUAGUAACUACAAUCUUGAAGAUGUACUGGUCAAGAAAUAUUUACGUCUACCUACCUCUUUGAUUUCUGAGUCUCGAACAGCAAGCAGUUCUUCAUACGAAAGCCAAGGCAGAUCCAUUGAUACUAAUGAAAAAUAUUGUACGGCUCGAAAACCUUUGAAAACAAGUAACGAUGGGAGAGAGAGACUCAGAGCAGAAAAACUUCAGAGGCUUGAAGAUGCAGCUAAAAUAAAAGCUCAGAAAGUUGUAACUGUUAGAAAUAUGAAGAAUAUUCAGUCUGGAGAGUGUAUGAAAUUUAUGAAAGUUAUUAUAGAUGAGAGUCUAGCCAAUUUUGAGUUCUAUGCAGAAAUUAUUGUUACUUUAGAACAUGCUGAUUUAGCUCAUGAUACAAAGUCCCAAUUGCUUCCUCAAAGUAUAAGAUGGAUGAGAAAUGUAGAGAAAUAUUAUGUAGAUAAAAGUAAUACGGUUUCUAUGAAAAUGAAUACACAAGAUGAAGAUCAUGUUAUUGUUAUUUGGAAUUGGGAUGAUACAGUUAACAAAAUUGCAUGUAAUACUUUUUGUGCCGCUGUUGUAAAUAUUAAAGAGUUACUUUGUCAAAAAAAGGUAACAUUAGUUGUAUUUGGAAUAGAAGAAUACUUUAAGUAUCAUAAAAAUUUGAAACGAGCUGCUGUGAAAGGUGCAGUUGUGAGUAAUAAUUCACAUAGAAAAAAUAAAAGUACCAAGAAAUUUGGGGAUUUUCCAAAAAUAUCUAGGCGAGAUCUUGAGACGUGCUUAACAGAAAUUCAAAUAACAGCUAACAUCAACAGUAGAUUAAUAGAAACUUCCCAAGACUUGAGUUUGAUGAUUUAUCAGUAUACAAAAGCAAUAGCAGAAAUUCCAUACAAAUUAGAAAAGAGACAAGCAUUAGAAGAAAAGGUUGAUUGGUAUGUUGCUGGUGAUAACAGGGAUACAGUCAAAGUUGAUAAGGAUGGUAAUGGUUUAAAAAGACUUUGGCAACAACAACUAUGUCAAUUUAAUCUAUCCAGUUUGGAAACAGCUGAUGCAAUUUGUUCUGUAUACUCCAGUCCUAUGCAGCUUCUAGAAGUAAGAUGCUUAUAUGAAUUGCACGCCAGAGGAAGGUGAAAUGUUAUUAAAAGAUAUUCCUAUAAGAAGAGCAGCAGGGCCGCUUACAACGGUUCGAAGAAUUGGUCCAGAAUUAAGUAAAAAAAUUUAUAUCAUGUUUACUUCAAAGGAUGGUGAAACUUUUCUAGGCAACGAUUAAUAAUAUUCUUUCAUUUAUGCACACAGGAUGACUGUAUAUUGAUAAUAAAUAUAUAUAGUAUACAUCAAUAAUAUCAAUACAAUUUUAUAAAGAUUAGUUUGCUAAGUUAUACAUAUACAAAAUUUACACAGUUAAUGUAAAUCAAAUAUUAUUUUACUGUAAAUAAAGGAAUUAAAUAAAUAAAUGUACUGUACUGUGUACUCACCUAUAUAAAGAAAUACUAAAAAGGUCUCAAUAGGAAAAAUAAGGGG